UACUUACCACUUUUCCAUUUCAGGAAUGUCUGAAUCUGAGCAGGCUCUUAAAGGCACUUCUCAAAUUAAAUUACUUUCAUCUGAAGAUAUAGAAGGGAUGCGACUUGUGUGUAGGCUGGCUAGAGAAGUUUUGGAUAUUGCUGCUGGGAUGAUUAAGCCAGGUGUAACUACUGAAGAAAUAGAUCAUGCUGUACACUUAGCAUGCAUUGCAAGAAAUUGCUAUCCUUCUCCCCUGAAUUAUUAUAAUUUUCCAAAGUCUUGUUGUACCUCAGUGAAUGAAGUUAUUUGUCAUGGAAUUCCAGACAGACGGCCUUUGCAGGAAGGUGAUAUUGUUAAUGUGGACAUCACUCUUUAUCGCAAUGGUUACCACGGGGACCUGAAUGAGACCUUUUUCGUUGGAGAUGUGGAUGAGGGAGCACGGAAGUUAGUCCAGACCACGUAUGAGUGCCUGAUGCAAGCCAUCGAUGCAGUGAAACCGGGCGUUCGAUACAGAGAAUUGGGAAACAUUAUUCAGAAACAUGCCCAAGCAAAUGGGUUUUCAGUUGUUAGAAGCUACUGUGGACAUGGAAUACACAAACUUUUCCAUACAGCCCCCAAUGUUCCCCACUAUGCCAAAAAUAAAGCAGUUGGCGUGAUGAAGGCAGGCCAUGUAUUUACAAUUGAGCCAAUGAUCUGUGAAGGUGGGUGGCAGGAUGAAACGUGGCCGGACGGCUGGACGGCGGUGACAAGGGACGGGAAGCGCUCUGCACAGUUCGAACACACCCUGCUGGUCACGGAUACUGGCUGCGAGAUCCUCACCCGGAGGCUUGACAGUGCGCGGCCUCACUUCAUGUCCCAAUUUUAACUUCUCCCAAGGUGGCACAUCUCAAGAAUCCCUCCUAUCUGUAGUUGGCAUUUCGUUGAACGUACAGAAAGGAAGCAGACGUUUUUAUCACUUGUUUUGUUUUGACCUUAGAUUAAGAAAGGACUACAGCAUUUGAUGUGUAUCCUCAAGAACGUACCUUGGUUUUGGAAAAACCAAGAAGAAUAAAGGAAAAUUUUCUCAGCUCCUUUGAGAGCCCCCUUUCCCCUAAAUAACAUCCGCGCCCUCAUUUCCUCAUUUGCCCUUUGAGCACUUUGACUUCAGCCUGCUUCUAGUUGCAUUUUUACUGCCACAACGGGCCAACAAGAGCCAGCUGCUCUCCGGGUCAGUGAUGAAGAUGAGAAUCCUUAAAACUUCAGCAACACACGUUGCUCCGGAAUUAAAAAAAAAAUUGUAUAUGGAAAUACAUAGACAUCUAUAUACAUUUUAAAUUCCGUAGCUGUUAGGACUGACCACUAUGAGACUUUGUGUUGACUCUGCACAGGGCUAGAUGCUGUCAUCAAUGGACCCACAGUUGCAGUGAUUGAAUUCCCAGUUGGGAAUUGUGGGCCCCUACCCCAUUCCAUGCUAAUUAUUUACCUUUGUAAAUGUGCUUAAGAAAGCACCCAGUCAAUGAGACUUUCUCUACAGUGUGGGCACAGAGUGCAUUGUGAAUGACUGUGGCAAUAUUCACUUUAGAAAAAAAUUAACAGCCUUUUCUCCCCACCCUCCCCCUUUGAAUAUCAUUUGUGGCAAAAAUUGCCACACUCCUAGUGAUGUCUGGCUGUGGCAGGGAUAAGAUUGUGUAAUGGACUGCCGUUCCAGACCUCUGACUGGUCAGAAAUGGAAAGGAGGAAGCCCCCUUGCUUCCCCUCACACACAGUACACCGCACACCGACGGAAGGAACAACGUGGGACUGUUUGUUGGCAGUGAUGAGGCGGCAGUGUGCCGAAAACACGCCACCUUUACAUAGUCGGGAAGCUCACUAGAAGUGACCUCAGCUGCCCGGGACUUGUAUUCCUUUCAGUAUUUCAGUCCAAAGAGAGUAUCUGAUGAAGACCUAUCAGACUACAUUCAUUUUCAUGAGCAUGUAUUUGAUUACCGGGUGUCUAAUGGCUUUGCUGUAAAAUAAUCUGAUACCGCUGACACAGACUUGUAAGAGAAAGUCUUUCCCAGAGUGCCUCAGACCUUUAUUGCUUUAAAAGAAUUACGAUAAUGUUUUCAUUACUCUUAUUAUUCCAAUGAUUUAUUAAAGUGACAGUCUGGUACAGAUUUUCGGGGGUAUGUGAGUGAUGUUUUUAACAAACUGUCAUAUCUGUGAAUGGUAUACUUUGCAAUAUGAAUGUUAAUAUAAUGUGUAAAGGGAGAUUAAAACGUUUGAAUGAUUAUUCUA